AUGGAAGAUCAAUCAAAACCUUCCCUACUGAUUGAUAUAGCAUGUUUAUUCCACAUUAGUGAUAAACAUGUUGGAAGCAGUUUACUUAAAGAGUUGAAAAAACUUGAUGACAAAAAUUUAUUAGUAGAAGUGCAGUUAUUAGAAAGCAAGGUUUAUCAUGCAGUUGGCCAUUUACCUAAAGCAAGGGCUGCUCUUACAUCAGCUAGAACAACAGCUAAUGCCAUUUAUUGUCCUCCAAAACUUCAAGCUGCAUUGGAUUUACAGUCGGGUAUUCUUCAUGCAGCAGAUGAAAGGGAUUUCAAAACAGCAUUUUCCUAUUUUUAUGAAGCUUUUGAAGGUUAUGAUUCAAUUGACAGUCCAAAAGCAAUAGUUGCCUUGAAAUACAUGUUGUUAUCUAAGAUUAUGCUAAAUUUACCAGAUGAUGUUCAUUCUAUUAUUAUGGGAAAAUUAGCAUUGAGGUAUGUUGGUCCAGAAGUUCAAGCAAUGAAAACUAUUGCAGAAGCAAGCCAUAAAAGAUCUCUAGCAGAUUUUGAAAAGGCUCGCAGUGAUUAUAAAAAAGAAUUAGAAGGUGAUCAAAUUAUCAAGUCCCAUUUGGCCACACUUUAUGACAAUAUGCUGGAGCAGAAUUUGUGUAGAAUCAUUGAGCCCUAUUCUCAUGUUCAGGUUAAAUAUAUUGCUAACACUAUACAUUUACCAAUGGAUACUGUAGAGAAGAAAUUAUCACAAAUGAUUUUAGAUAAAAAAUUUAAUGGUAAGUAAAAAUUUCAUAACAAA